AUGGCACAAAACUACCUUUUUCUAUGGGUGGAUACCAGCAUCGACCAAAAAACCGAAGAUUAUGAAAAUACAGUAAAACAAAUACAAGCUAUUACUGGUGAUGUCAAUGUCUUUACGCAGCUCGAUGCAUGCAUUGACUUCCUUACAGAUGCUCAAGAAGAUAUGAAGUUUUUUCUCAUUGUCAAGGAUACUAUGUUUCAACAACUAGUGCCCCACAUCCAUGAUAUUCCACAGCUGGAUAGUGUUUAUAUCCUCAAUGGUAUUAAAACCCUAUAUGAAGAAUGGCCAAAAAAAUACGACAAAAUCAAGAGCAUUGAUAACAACAUCGAUGAUCUAUGCCAAGCAUUACAAAUCGGUAUUAAGCAGUUCAAUCAAGACUCAAUAGCCAUGAGUUUUAUCACGGUAAAUGAAAUGGCUCCAAGUGAUAGUUUGAAUCUUUUGGAACCGACCUUUAUGUAUACACAGCUAUUCAAGGAAAUUCUUCUUGAUAUGGAACAUAAUAAAGAGGCUAUCAAAGACUUUAUUACUUACUGUCGACAUAAUGACAGCGUAUCGUCAACCAUUAUUGACCGUUUUGAGAAAGAAUACAAUCCUCAAUUAGCUAUUUGGUGGUAUACUUUUCAAUCCAACAUUUAUUAUAUGCUUAACUAUGCUCUUCGAACAAUGGAUGCUGACAUAAUCAUUAAUAUGGGCUUCUUUCUACGUGAUGUACAUCAGCAAAUUCAACAGCUGUACAGACAACAAGUCAAUGAUUAUGAAAAAAAACCUUUUUUAGUAUAUCGAGGACAAGGUCUUAUGAUAUCAGACUUCGAAAAACUUCAAAAAACUAAAGGUGGACUCAUAUCAUUUAACAAUUUCUUGUCUACUAGUACAAAUAAAGAAGUGUCUCUCGGUUUUGCUCAAGCUGCAUUAACAGAAUCAAAUAAAGUUGGCAUUCUUUUCAUAAUGUCCAUUGAUCCUUGUAUUAAAUCAACAUCAUUUGCCUCCAUCAAAGAGAUGAGUUCUUUAACGGAAGAAGAAGAAAUUCUCUUCUCAAUGCACACCGUCUUUCGAGUGAGUGCAAUUAAACAAAUAGACAGUGAGAAUCAACUUUAUCAAGUUGAAUUACAAUUAACGUCGGAUGAUGAUUCACAACUACGAUUACUUACUGAUUGGAUACGAAAAGAGACUGCUGGUACCGGAUGGCAAAGACUGGGUAGCUUACUGCUUAAAAUUGGCCAAUUUAAUAAAGCAGAAGAGCUUUUUAACGUAUUGCUUCAACAGGCAUCUAAUGAGGGUGAAAAGGCCAUUUAUUAUAUUCAGCUUGGAAAUGUUUAUUACAAUCAAGGUAAUUAUGAAAAAUCUAUCCGGUAUAUCGAACAUGGACUUGAAAUUCAAAAAAAAGUUCUUCCUUUAAAUCAACCAGAAUUGGCUGCUUCAUACAACAACGCUGGCUUCGUUUAUGGUAGCAUGGGAGUGUACUCGAAAGCACUUUCAUAUUACGAAACAGCACUUGAAAUAUCUAAAAAAACUCUUCCUUCAAACCAUGCUUUAUUAGCUGCUUCAUACAACAACAUCGGGUUGGUGUAUGAAAACAUAGGACAGUACUCGAAAGCACUUUCAUUCUUCGAAAAAGUACUUGAAAUUUGUCAAAAAAGUCUUCCUUCAAACCAUCCUAAUUUGGCUACUUUAUACAACAACAUCGGUAAGAUGUAUGACAAAAUGGGAGAGUACUCGAAAGCACUUUCAUUUUACAAAAAAACACUUGAAAUUCGACAAAAAACUCUCCCUUCAAAUCAUCCUGAUUUUGCGCAGUCAUAUCACAAUAUCGGCAUGGUGUAUGACAACAUGGGGGACAACUCGAAAGCACUUCCAUUUUACGAGAAAUCACUUGAAAUUCGAGAAAAAACUCUUCCUUUGAAUCAUCCUGAUCUGGCUACAUCAUACAAUAACAUCGGUGGUGUGUAUAACAAUAUGGAAGAACACUCAAAAGCGCUUUCAUCUCAUCAGAAGGCACUUAAAAUUCGAGAAAAAACUCUUCCUUCGAAUCAUCCUGAUUUUGCGCAGUCAUACAACAACAUCGGUAGUGUGUAUUACAAGAUGGGAGAGCACUGGAAUGCGCUUUCAUUUUACGAAAAAGCGGUUGAAAUUGGUCAAAAAAGUCUUUCUUCAAAUCAUCCUGAUUUGGCUACUUCAUAUCACAACAUCGGUAGUGUGUAUGACGACAUGGGGCAGUACUCGAAAGCGCUUUCAUCUCACGAACAAGCACUUGAGAUUCGACAAAAAAGUCUUCCUUCGAAUCAUCCUGAUCUAGCUGCUACAUGCUACGGCAUCGGUUUUGUGUGUUUUAAGAUGGGAGAUUACUGGAAGGCGCUGUCAUAUUUUGAACGUGCUCUAGACAUCAGGCAACGUGUAUUACCUUCAACUCAUCCUGAUAUUAUAACUAUGAAAAGGAAUAUUGAAUUUAUAAAACAGAGAUUGUAA